CACAUCAGAGAGCAGCUCAUUUAGAUGACAAGCGUUACUUUACAGGUCUCCUGCGUAUAUACUGUACACAUUCAGACCAGCUGAAUUAAGCUUUUCACUUGAGAAGAAGGGAAAUAGAAACAUUAUGGGGGCUUCUUCCUCUGGCUUGUUGGAUGAGGCUAAAAUCAGCAACAUCAAAGGACUGGUCGACAGCACGUUCCAGAGCUACAGUGUGUUUUACCGUCAGCAGUAUUCUGCAGCCUACAUCGGACAUUUACACCAGGAGGUGGAGCCUAAGAAAGAGGGGCGGGGCCUAUUGCUCACACGCGGGCCUCAGUAUGCUCCGCAGGAAGCGUUGUACCAAGGGAGCGUAAAGUUCUCCUGCUGGGACGAGCAGGGAAAGAAAUGCAAAGAGAAGUACACCGUCCUGAGAAGAGACUACAAAGUGGAGAUACAUGAAAACGCCGAGACUUUCAGCCGUGGAGCUGCAGCCAAGUUGGUCCUCCAGCCAGCAGGGGGCAGUGUGUUCACCACAGAGGAGGAGUCCAGAGCUCACCUGGAGCAAACCUGCGCUGGAAUACUCAACGGCGUGAAGGAGGAUACUUCUUCGGUGGUAUCGUCUCCAGAUGUGCUUGCCGUGUAUCUGCACCAGCCUUAUAUGGGCCACACCUGCUUCCUGUUCCAACAGGAAGAGGAACGAGAUCAAUUCCUGUCUGCCCUCAAGACCUGCAUUAGACACGGCAACCUUGACCCCUGGUGUGAUUCAUCCUACGAGAGCCAGGCGUACGUCCGAGCCCUCCGACUCUACCGACAGGACAAAGGAUGCUAUGAAUCCUGGGAAAUGCUGCUGGGCACUGAGGAACAAGUGCUGGCCUCCCAGGUGAUGGAGGACGUGUUGUCAUGGUUACAGAGUCAGCUUCAGUCCAGAGUGAAGGGCAAGAAGACUGAAAGGAUACGACUGUGGUUGGCAACAGUGCAGGCAACCUACACCUUGGUGCUGGAACAACUCACUGCAAGUCUGGAGGCUCUGAGGGAGGAGUGUCGUCAGACGGCGUCAGCCAAUCAGGCGCUGAUCAGAUCCAACCUGGACCAGAUUAUGUCUUCUCACCGCUUCCUGGAGGAGAAAGUCAGAGGGUGUAUAUGUGAAGAAGCAGAGAAAGCGUGCAGCGAGUCUGUAGCACCGUACACGUCCUCCAUCCUCGAAGCGUUGACAGAAAACAUCGGUGCAGGGAUUCAGGGGAUGCAGCUCACACUGCACACACAGAUGGACUCGGCCUUCACACACACACAGCGAGAAACAGAGGAGACAAAGAAGGCCUUGUCCCCUCUGCGCUCCAUCAGUCUGGAUCCGAGCUACAGGCAGGUGGAGAACCUGACGGAGAAACUGGAAGCCUUAAAGCAGCGGUUUGGACUGAGCAGCACUCAGAGACUGGUUCACUCUGCACAGCUGGAGAUGGAGAAGCUGUUGGACAGUGCUGUGUACACCUUAGAGCUAUUCCUCCAGUCAUCAGCCAGACUGCAGCCGUCUCAAAUCCCCGUCAAGAUGGAGAGAGCUAAAGAACGAGUCCUGAAGCAGCUGGACUAUGACAGCAGAGUGGUCCAGAGGAGACUCUACCAGGAAGCUCUACUGGAGAUCACUCUGCCGGCUCUCACCAGCAAGAUGGACAACAAGUUGAAAAGUGAGCUGCAGCAGUUCGAGCAGUACAUCUUCUCAGACUACAGCAGUUUUAUCCUGGUUCAGAACGUCUAUGAUGAUGUGCUGAGAAACAUCCUCCGUAAGGAGAUAGAGACAGUGGUCCAGGAUGCAGCCAGUAAGAAGAGCAACAGUCUCUUAUUGGACACGUCAGAUCUGGCCAUCAGUCAGUACAGUCUGCUGGGGCCGACGCCACCUCGCUCUGCACCGGACAGCCCAGCCGCCGCCGCUCGGGACGCCUCCUCAGCAGCACCUGCUGACGGUGAAGAACCUGCUCCUGUGGUGGUGGUGGAGGAGGAGGGAGGUCAGACGGUCACAGCCGAGGUUAGCCCUCAGAGUGAGCCAGAUCUUAUCGCUGAUGCCAAGUCUGACCCCGGUAUCACUGGAAGCUGUGACCAGAGCGCAGUGCUUCUGUCUCCUGUGAUCAUUGUGACACAACAGUUUGAUGAAUCUGCGACCGAGGAGGCUUCCUGCUUCGAGGAGACCCGAGAAGACGCCAAGAUCGAACCUGACGCGCCUUCGACGACGGAGUCAGCUACAGCUGAGCCUUCCGACUCAGCCACGCCGGACUCUGAUGCAGCUGGUACACUUGAAGUUGGUACACCGGAUGCAGACCCAGAUUCCUCUCAUCCCAUCCCAGACUCUCCUGACCUUUCAACGUCCACUCUAUCCUCGCCGCUGUCCACAGAUGUCGUAGCUGAAAGCGAUCAAUCUGCGACGCCUGACCUCUUAACCUCCGAUGAAGUACCAGAAGACACAACCUCCGUCCAGCAUCCCUGCCCCUCGUCGUCACACCCGCCUGGCACAGAUAGUCCGGUGAAGAUCAGCCUCGGGUCGCUAAGCGAGGCGAUUGGUUGCAACUCCGCAGCACCUUCUGUAACGCAGACGACGCCGCAGCACGCCACCGACAAAGCGGUCUACUUGACGGGAGAAAUAAAGGACAACUGGGAGGUGGAGAAGGUAAAAGAGGAGAAACCGAUAGAGGCAGCAGAGGAGAAAGAGGAGCAUGAGAGAGUCAAAGACGUGAAAGAAGAGGAGAUAGAGGAGGAGAGAGGUGAAGCCCAAUCGGGAGGUGUCGACGACGGCUGCCGAUCCUCUGAGUCACCGGCAGAGAGCGCCGCUGAGCAGAGAGAGAGCGAAGACGAGGCAGAUGGCGAAGAAAAAGGCGGGGAGCUUGAAAGAAAGGAAGAUGAGGAAGCAGAGGAGAAGGAAGAUCGUGCAGAAAAAGAAGGAAAGAAAGAAGAAGAGGAGGUCCUCCAAAGCCCUGAGCCAAUGGAGUCGCAGCCAGAGAGCGCCGCUGAGCUGCCAUUGGACAGCGUGGCUGCCAUCAGAGACCUUGUGUUUGAAGUCACUGAAGUGGAGAUGGUAGUUGGCCCGGGUCCCGACAGCAGCCAUACACCCUGACAGACACGUUACCAUGGCAGCCAGAUCUCCUUUACCAAUAGAGAGCCGAAGUCCCGGACCAGUGGUCCACCGGAAGGGGCGGGACUUCGCCUCUCUAUACCUACUUCACAGUUUCUUAUUAAUAAACGGUAUAGAGAAUAGAGGAGAAGGAAGAGGGGAAGGUUAACUCAUUAUAUUAUUACUGCAUCACAUUUAUACGACUACAUUUCGAAAUAGACAAAAUGUUGUUUUUACAUACUUAAUUAUUUUCUUGAUUAAAAGCUACUUCUUUUGACUUCUGCUGUUUACAUUUGCUGUUUUUUUCCCCGCUAACUAACACUGACUGAAAUGGAUAAAAUGACCCAAUAAAGAUGUAAAAUGACGUUUGCAUCUUGACCUAUAUGUCAUAUAA